AUGUGUACUUCCGGAAGGUCGGUGUUGUAGUUGCGUUGUUGAAGCGCUUUUCGCGCCUCCGCAUCUCAUCCACGCCGUUUACCCUGCUGUCGGUUAACCGGUUAACCAUCCUUCACCUAAGCGUUUUCUCCCUUACCGUGAACGUUUCUUCGUCCCGGCAUUUUUAUUUAUUUAUAAUUAAUUCAAGAAUUCAACUUUUGGCGUCACGCGGACAUCUCCAGUGUAAUGCUCCGGAGAGAAAAGACAUCUUCACCACGUAAACAAAGGUCGCUGUCAAGCUGACGACGUCACUCUUUGGAUUGUUAUCAAGCUGACGUCAUCCUCCAGAUUUUAAAGGGCUGUUAUAAAUCAUAUAAAUAGAGUUAACGGAUCUGAUCCCAUAAUCUCAUUGUGGAUUCAACACUCCCCACGCCCACACAGAGAAGCAUGAGCUCACACAAGAGACCUGUCCGGGCUCGGCCCGAUUCAGACAACAAUUUCUUAGUGGCCCGUGACCUGAACGCACCAGGUGUGGAAGAGGGGCCCGGUCUCCUGGCCAAGCUGAUGGAGCUUCCCUUAGCCCGUCUGUCCCGGCAGCAGCUCAAAAGGCUGGAGGAGCAUCAGUACAGCAGUGCGGGACGGUCCCUCCUGGAGCCCUUCAUGCAGGUGUUCUGGUGCUGGCUAGUGAGCAAAGUGCCUCUCUGGAUGGCACCGAACCUCAUCACCAUAGUGGGACUCGCUACUAAUAUUAUCAGUACUCUGAUACUGGUGUACUACUGCCCUACUGCCACCGAACAGGCACCAACGUGGGCAUACUUAGCCUGUGCUUUGGGUCUGUUCAUCUAUCAAUCAUUGGAUGCCAUAGAUGGAAAGCAGGCACGACGGACCAACAGCAGCACACCACUUGGAGAGCUCUUUGACCAUGGCUGUGACUCCCUCUCUACAGUGUUUGUGGUCCUGGGCACCUGUAUAGCAGUGCAGAUGGGCACUCACCCUGACUGGAUGUUUUUCUCUUGUUUUGUGGGCAUCUUCAUGUUUUAUUGUGCUCACUGGCAGACGUAUGUUUCUGGAACGCUGCGCUUUGGCAUAAUUGAUGUGACUGAGGUUCAAAUCUACAUUAUAAUCAUGUACUUACUGGCUGCCUUUGGAGGAACGGCUUUUUGGCAAUCUGUGAUCCCUGUGAUAAAUAUCCAGGUUAAAAUAAUACCGGCCCUUUGCACUCUUCUGGGUGCCAUUUUCUCCUGCACAAACUAUUUCCGGGUUAUAUUUACAGGCGGAAUGGGCAAAAACGGAUCUACUGUUGCGGGAACUAGCGUUUUGUCUCCAUCCUUCCAUAUAGGAGUGGUAAUCACACUUGCUCUAAUGAUCUAUAAGAAGUCAUCAGUGCAGUUAUUCGAGAAACAUCCCUGUCUCUACAUCUUAGCGUUUGGUUGUGUCUCAGCCAAACUCACCAACAGACUGGUGGUUGCUCAUAUGACUAAGAGUGAAAUGCAUCGUAACGACCUGGCCUUCACCGGACCAGCGCUGCUGUUCCUGAACCAGUACUUCAACAGUUUCAUCGAUGAGUACUGUCUUCUUUGGGUUGCUCUGGUGCUGUCAGCGCUUGAUCUGCUGCGGUACUGCGUGAGUGUCUGUAACCAGAUCGCCACACACUUAAACAUCCGUGUGUUCAGCAUCCAGCCUCCGUCUCCAUCCAGAGUUCAGGCAGACAGCAGAAAUCACCACUAACCUCGCGUCCCCUCUCACACAAACACCUCCAGUAGGUCACGCAUUUUCAGUGAAUGUAAAACACGGCUCACAGAGACCGAGCCCCAAUGGCUGCAGUUAUGAACUUUGUUCUCAUAAUGAAGAGCGAGGAUAUUUGAAGGAUGAAAGGGAAUAUUAAAUAGAAUAUACAUCCUACGGUUAAGAACGGCAUUCAGUUGUCAGUAUUUUGUUGUUACAUGACCAGUUUUGUUUGCCAUAGUUGGAAGAUUUGCCAAAGAGGCCACAACUCUUAAUGUUUAAAAAAAUAUAUAUUUUACAGUUUAAAUGUUUUAUUUUUUUAUUUUGUGUUUUUGUUUUAUUUUGUUUUGUUUUGCACCCAAGUAUUUUGCCCAGAAGUAUAGAAUUCAUUCCAUUAACAGGCAACAAUCCAUCUGAAUGUGAUUUCGUAAUUACAGAAUGCUAUAGGCGUUAACUGGAAAAUGAAAUGUCAAAAUUUAAACUUAAACACCAGUGUCACUGUUGCCAGUACAAAGCUGUGCUGUUGUCUGAGAGGAGCAGAGAGCAUUCAGAGAGAGGUAAGAGAUAACAUCAGACCUUAUGACAAGAAAAACAGGCGCAAGAGUUUCAGAGCCUCUCAUCUGAUGUCAUUCAUUAAACUAAUCUAAUACAGUAUGUAUCAUUUUUCUUUCUAUGCAUUUGUUACCUUGUGUUUGUAGUGUUUUGAAGGGGAUUAUUAUUAUUAUUAUUAUUAUUAUUCAGGUAUGCCAAUGUCACUAAAUGAUAAAAACUGUAUUAUAAACAGUAUUUUGAUAGUGCUGUAUUUUCCUAAUAAUAACUGGGGCCACGAUAGACGUCUAGAAUGGUUAUAAGUGAGUUACACUGUACAAAUAUGAACCCUUAAUAACACAUUAAAACCUUAAAAGCAGUGUUUGUGGUCUAAAUACUUUAGUUAAUGUGAACUUGUGCUAAUUUAUUUUUGUGCCUUGUUGGUAUACUCCACUAUGCACAGAAAAAAGUUGGACUCAGCGAUUUUGAUAUUUUUUAACCUCUUGUGUAAAUCAUAUUUUGUUUGUAAGCAUCAAACUCAACAAGGAUGCAAUUUCAUAUUCCUGCAUGUUGCGUUAUUAAAUUAGCAUUCUGAAAUCAGUCAUUAUAUAUAUUUUUUACCUUCAUGCCAAUUUGUUUUAGAGAAAACUGUUUUUUUUUUUGUUUUUUUUGACAGAUUUAUAUUGCAAAACAAUAGACGUUAACUCUGCGGUUCUGUAUGAGGUGCUUCCAAGUGUAGAAUAUGAACAGAGCGGCCAAACUCCAUGUAAAUUUCUCAAAAUAUGUUAUUGUUUUGCAUCUACCUCUGAGCAGUUGCUUGUACAUGUUAUUUUAGUCUCUCGGUUUGAGACUUUUAUUGAAAUUGUUUUAAUCCUGCUGUGAACGUUAUGGGUUUCUGUGUAUUUGUGUUUCUCCCUGUUUAUUUUUAUUUUUUAUAAUACGUCACCCGUUCACCCGGGCCGCUCUGAGGUCAACCAAAGCAGCAAUACACACAUAGUUGAAGAAAAUUGUCUGUGACGGCAUCUACAAUACAUGUAUCAUUUUUGUUGUUGAUUUACAGCAAAAACUUUACUUUGUAAUAGACUAAUGACCAUAAAAAUAAAGAUUGUCAUAUUUAUGUUAACAGA